AAAAAUGUAGAAAAGAGAGCAAAAAUAAAAGCAAAGUUGCAAUCCCCCAACGACACGGUUCACGAUCCUACUGCUUGUCUUUUUCUUCCCCAAAUACGAUAAUUUAUCAUUUCUUUGAGCCAUUAGGGAUGCAAUUCUGGUGAUGAGUUGAGAGACAAUCCCACCGACUUUCAUUUCAACGCCCAUACUCAUCGUCAUGUACCGCUUUCCAACACCCACCCUCCUCUUCCUCAUCGUCACCCUUAUUGCCCUCGUCUCCUCUAACCCCGAAGAUUUUCUCCGAUUGCCUUCCGAAUCUUCCAGAUUCUUCCAUUCACCUUCCGCCGAUGACAAAGAAAACAAUGAAGGCACUAGGUGGGCCAUCUUAAUUGCUGGUUCCAAUGGUUACUGGAAUUACAGACAUCAGUCUGAUGUUUGUCACGCAUAUCAAGUACUGAGGAAAGGUGGUCUGAAAGAAGAGAACAUUGUUGUUUUUAUGUAUGAUGACAUUGCUUUCAACGAAGAGAAUCCAAGACCUGGAGUCAUCAUUAACAGUCCACAUGGAGAUGAUGUUUACAAGGGAGUCCCUAAGGAUUAUACUGGUGAAGAUGUUAAUGUUGACAACUUCUUUGCUGCUUUACUUGGAAAUAAGUCAGCUCUUACAGGUGGCAGUGGGAAGGUUGUUGACAGCGGUCCCAAUGAUCAUAUAUUUAUAUACUACAGUGAUCAUGGGGGUCCUGGAGUGCUUGGGAUGCCUACAAGUCCGUACAUGUAUGCAUCUGAUCUUAUUGAAGUCUUGAAGAAGAAGCAUGCUUCUGGAACAUAUAAAAGCCUAGUAUUUUAUCUAGAGGCAUGCGAAUCUGGGAGUAUCUUUGAGGGUCUUCUUCCUGAAGGUCUGAAUAUAUACGCAACAACAGCUGCAAAUGCAGACGAAAGCAGUUGGGGAACAUAUUGUCCUGGGGAGUUUCCUAGUCCUCCACCAGAGUAUGAAACCUGCCUGGGUGACCUAUACAGUGUUGCUUGGAUGGAAGACAGUGACAUGCACAAUUUGCAAUCAGAAACUUUGCACCAGCAAUAUGAAUUGGUCAAAGAAAGGACUAAGAACGGAAAUACACUCUAUGGUUCCCACGUGAUGCAAUAUGGUGACAUAGGGCUCAGCGAGAAUAGUCUAUUCCUCUAUUUAGGAACAAACCCUGCUAAUGAAAAUUUUACUUUUGUGGGUAGAAACUCAUUAGUGCCACCUUCAAAAGCGGUCAACCAGCGUGAUGCAGAUCUCGUCCAUUUCUGGGAUAAGUUCCGCAAAGCUCCUCAGGGUUCCCCUAGGAAAGCUGCAGCUGAGAAGCAAGUUCUGGAAGCAAUGUCUCACAGAAUGCAUAUAGACGACAGCAUAAAACUUGUUGGAAAACUCUUAUUUGGCAUGGAAAAGGGUCCAGAGGUGCUUACCAGUGUUAGACCAGCUGGGCAACCUCUUGCUGAUGACUGGAACUGCCUAAAAACACUGGUUAGGACUUUUGAGACAUAUUGUGGAUCUCUAUCUCAGUAUGGGAUGAAACACAUGAGGUCCUUUGCAAACUUCUGCAAUGCAGGAAUUCACAAAGAGCAAAUGGCUGAAGCCUCUGCACAAGCAUGCGUCAAUGUUCCAGCCAAUCCCUGGAGUUCUCUGCGCAGUGGUUUCAGCGCAUAAUCCUAAAAGGCUUUCUAUAUUGAAUAUCAAUGCAAAAUUGUCGUGGGAUUAUCUUUAUAAUUAUGGGAAAUUUAUGUAUACAAUGUACAUUUGUACAUUGAUCAUGAUCUGUUAUACAACUCUGUAAAUACAAAUGGGACGCAUGAAGGACCUUGUGAUUAUGUGAGAAUUAAAACCGAUGCCAAUGCUUUACAGUAACCUGGUGGUGGAGUGAAUUUUAGUAGAAA